GCCUUUCUCACUCAUCAUGCUUUGCACCACACUCGAGAGAUAGAGAGAGAGAGAGAGAGAGAGGCCAUAGCAGUAGUACUUAAAGAGGUUUUCAACAAGAACACAACAUAGUCGUCCGUAGAACAGACAAAACAAAACAAUCAAUCAGCAACAACAACAACAACUGAGAAAAGGAAAAGAGGGAAAAAAAAAAAAAAAAAAAACGUUUGUGUUUUACAAAGAAGAGUGGUGUUUUCUCGGUACCCAGAGGCCAGAGGGGGGGGGGAAAAUAAAUAAAGAGAGAAAUGGGCUCCUCCACACCCAUCAUUGUGUCUUCAAUCCAAAGCUAAAAGAGGAAGACCAUGAUGUGAUGUGAUUGCACUCUCUCCCUCCCUGCUGGUUUUAGUAUUCUUGCAUUCUCUUCUGCUUCUUCAUCUCUGCUAAUUCUCCCAGGAAUCUUUAUGCCCUUUUCUUCUUUCCUCAUCGCUCAUCAGACCCACACUAACCCAGGUCCACUCUUGGUUGCAACUUCAAGCGUUGCUACUAUGCUUAAGCAAAUUCUUGCAAAAAUUCCUCGGAAAUCACUGAAAUCGGACCCAAAAGAUUCCUCUUUGAGCAAUUCGAUCAACAACCCUACGAGCUCGGGCAAUGGGGUUCAGUUUACAAACAGCUGCAAUGUCAUAGCAAACCGGCUUAAUGUAGUGAAACGCAUGUCAUCCGCGAUUUUUCCAGCGAACAUUGUGGCUGGAGGGGAGUCUAUUGCACCGCAUGUGUGCUUUAAAGAUGUUUCGAAUGGGGAAAAGCAAGGCUUGUUUUUGAGUAAAUUGAACCUCUGCUGCUCGGUGUAUGAUUUCAGUGAUCCGGAUAAAAACUCAGCGGAGAAAGAUCUGAAGAGACAGGUAUUAUCAGAGCUCAAUGAUUUUGUUACUUCGGGAUCUGUGAAAUGCACUGAAUCAGCAAUAGCUGCGGUUUGUAAGAUGUGCGCCAUUAACUUGUUUAGAGAUUUUCCUCCAAAGUAUCCCUCGCAAUCUGCUCGAGGGGAAGGUGAUGAUGAAGAACCAUUAUUUGAUCCCGCCUGGUAUCACUUACAACUCGUGUAUGACCUAUUCCUUCAAUUUAUAAGCCUAAGUUCUCUUGAUCCAAAGGUAGCAAAGAAAUAUAUACACCAUUCUUUCAUACUAAAAUUACUAAACCUAUUUGAUUCCGAGGACCCAAGGGAAAGAGAAUGCUUGAAAUCUGUUCUCCAUCGGCUAUAUGGGAAGUUCAUGAUGCACAGGCCUUUUAUCAGAAAUGCUGUCAGUAAUAUAUUUUAUGGCUUUGUUUUUGAGACUCAACGGCAUAAUGGGAUUUCAGAACUAUUAGAAGUUUUUGGGAGUGUGAUUAGUGGCUUUGCCUUGCCACUGAAAGAGGAGCACAAAUUGUUUUUCUCUCGGGCUUUGAUACCUUUACACAAGCCGAAAUCAUUGGGGGUCUAUCAUCAACAGCUUGCAUACUGUGUUGUACAGUUUGUAGAAAAGGAUCAAAAUCUGGGUAGCAUUGUGAUAGAAAAACUCUUGAAAUAUUGGCCCGUGAAAAAUAGCCAAAAGGAGUUGAUGUUUAUCAGCGAGAUAGAAGAGCUUCUGGAACUGAUCAACAUUUCCGAGUUUCAGAAGAUCAUGGUGCCACUGUUUCGGCGCUUAGGGUAUUGCCUCAAUAGCUCACAUUUCCAGGUAGCUGAGCGAGCACACCUGUUAUGGAACAAUGACAACAUCCUCAACCUUGUUAUGCACAACAAGGAUGUGAUAAUGCCGAUUGUAGUGUCAGCUCUCGAGAGGAAUAGCCAAAGCCAUUGGAACAAAGCAAUUCUGAACCUGACACAAAACGUGAGGAAAGUGAUCACGGAGAUGGAUGAGGAACUCGUGUGUGCCUGCCAAAGCAAACUCGAGGAAGAGAAGUCGCUGUCGAAUGUAGUUGCGGAGAGACGAAGGCUGACAUGGGAACACCUGGACGUUAUCGCUGCUAGCAAUAUUUCAGCCCUAACUAAACCCGCAAGCUGUGUCGUUAGUUGUUAGAUGAUUGACCAUCAACAAACGCCAUCCAUCUCUAGGAUACUUCUUUCCUCUCGAAAGCGGGAAAAGCAGAAUAGAGUCUCUUGGAUACGGGGAUAUAUGUACAUACAUACAAUUCCCCGAGGAUACCAAAGCCGUGUCAAGUGGAUGAGAAAGCGGUUCCUCUACCUUGAAUGCUUACUCUUCUGGAUUUUAAUGGAAGAAAAGUCCAAUGGGGUUAUGCCCAACAACAUCUAGAGCUUCUUACAAUGGAUCAGAGAUAUGGAGGUCACCAGAUUAUGUUAUUAUAAGUAUGUUUUAGCCAUUUGGUUUGGGAGAUUAAUAGCUAAUGCACCAUGCCUGUUCAUCAUAUUUGUCUCUUUUCUUUUCAUCUUUUUCUUAUAUUGAAGAUUUUAUCCUUGUGAUAUUACAUAUUAUUAGGUGGAAAAGCUGUACUUGUUGAUUGUUAGCAAGCAUGCAUGCAGUGUAAGUAAGUCUUUGUAUGAGUUGGGAGAUUAAGUAGCUAGUUCUUUGCACCAAGUUAUUGUGCCUUUUUCUUCAA